AUGCCGCGUCGAGGCAAUCUCGGUGGUCACCGCGUGGUGAUCGCCUCGCUCUUCCUUCCCGACACACUUCACUUUAUCGAGCCCGAAUACGAAUCAGCUUUCGCGGAGUCACCAGAAGAAUCGACUGCUCCACCUUCACCUGAGUCGCUGCCCAGAGAAACACCCCUCCCGCUGCACGAACUCAAUUCGAGGCUGGCGGCUUCCAUGUCCUUGUUGUCGCAAGACCGCCAAGCACGUUCCAUGCCUUUACCGGCAAGGUCACCUAAAAGCCGCCAGCCUUCUUUCGCGGACACCAAGAUCAACAUGAGCGAGCUCAUGUCCGAAGCUGCGGUUCCUAGGCUCGAUGUGCGCGACGCACCUGUUUCGGGAGCGUCAAGUCCGCACAUUGGUUCCCGCAGAGGAUCCAUGUCGGAACAUACGAGCAUCGUCGGUGCUACUGGUGCUACUGCUGAUGCGUCGGAUAUCCCCGUCGCACCUGCAUCCGACCAUGGUCGGUCUGCUAUCACCUCAGAUCCCCAAGGCUCGAGCUCCUUUGGAACCUCAUCUUUGUCAGGGCAGACGGCGCCAACUGCUACUGCUACUGCUACUGCUACUACUACUACUGCUGCUGCUGCUGCUUCUGCUGCGACACCCAAGAGCCGUCGCACCAGCUUCAACACUAACACCAGCAGUGGGACCGCGCUCGCCACGACUGCCUUGGCGCCAGAAGGAACAGGUACACGCACACCUGGCGCCAGAGCUGGCGGCAAGCUCGGCAUCACUACUCCGCUCAGCAUCAUUUCCGAUCUCGCUGCCAGGCAAGCUGGACCUGUACCGCCUCCUAUCUCCACUUUCGAGAGCGAGAGGCACCACCCGUUUGGAUCUGGCGCUGUCACUCCCAUGGUAGGUUCUCAGACACCUGGCAAUGUCAACCGACCACCCGGACUCGCCCGCGCCUUCCCCAUGUCGCUCAGUAUGACCAAAGCCAAUCCCUCAGGAGCACUUUCGGCUGGACCUGGUCAGUUGCCUACCCUUAAAAGUCUUAACGCGUCCAAGUCUGUCAACAACGCUCCUGGACCCGGCUCUGGCUCCAAAACACCUGGUGCACCUACAAGUUUGAAAAGCGUCAAGAUGGCUAGUGCCGUAGCGAGCGGUUCGAUCAAUGACCACGGAAGAGGCGUGCCAGUUUCGCCUGCCCAGACGCGCAAAGCAUCUACUUCAACCGUCGAGAGACCGUCCUCGCGAGAGCUGCUUGGCCAUGCUCGCAUACCGCGAGGACGGGAACGAUCUGUCGCCUCGUCUCCGACGGCUACCAUCAAGGGACGAUCUCAUCUCCACCACCAAGCCGGUGGUAGCAGCAAUCAGGGCCCGCCCGCUGCACCGUCUUCUGUCUUUAGCCGCAACAGAAGCAUGCGAUCCACCACGCGCCGAAACAAUGGCCGCCGAGCCUCGUCCACUAGCCGCUCGCAUCUCGGACGCCGCACUUCCACCGCUUCGCUAGACACGGUCGCCGAUGAUGACACCGGUCUUGCCUUACCUCCUUUCGAAUUCGUCAGUAAUCCUUCGGCUAACGGCGGUCUCAUCAAUGCGGUCAAGAGUAUCGAACGAGAACGCCUGCGUGCAGGAAAGCUCUAUGUCGGCACGCCUGCUUUGUCCACUGAAGGCUGGCUUGGUCCUGCAGAAAAGCGUCAUCUCGAGCAGAGGUACAUGAAGGAGCGAUCGUCUAUGCCCGUGUGGCUCCAAGAUGAUGACUUUGACCUGAGUUACAACCGCUUUUGCAAGCAGAUCCUGUGGCCCACCUUCCACUACACUUCACCCACCUCUAAAGGUCUCGAUAACGAACAUGAGGCUUUUCGUGCUUACUGGGAGGUCAACCGCCGUUUCGCUGACGCUAUCGAGGACGUCUACCAGGAAGGUGACAUUGUUUGGAUCAACGAUUACCAUUUGCUGCUCGUGCCACAGAUGGUGCGCGAGCGUCUGCCGCAUGCCACCAUCGGUCUCUUUGUGCACAUCGCCUUUCCGUCCUCGGAGAUCUUCCGUUGCUUAAGCAUGCGCGAGACGCUGCUGAAGGGCAUGCUUGGCGCAGACCUCAUUGGCUUCCAGACGCACAACUUUUGCCGUCACUUUCGCCAGACGGUCAGUCGCAUCUUGCAGCUCGAGGCGACACCUAAGGGAGUGCAGCUCGAAGGUAGCUUUGUCACAGUGGCACCUUUUCCCAUCGGUAUUGAUGUUCGUAGCCUCAACGCCAAACGCCAGGACCCCGAGGUGCGCGAGUGGGUCGCUCAGCUGCGACAAAAAUACGCAGGCAAGCGUAUUAUUGUCGGCAGGGACAAGCUGGACUGGAUCAAGGGUGUACGUCAAAAGCUGCUCGCCUUCGAAGCUUUCUUGGAUGAGAAUCCCAAAUGGGCAGGCCAGGUCGUGCUUAUCCAAGUUGCUUUGGCUACGACCGAGGAGAAUGAGGAGAUUGGCGAGGCGACCGACGUGGUUUCGCGCAUCAACAACAAGUAUAGCACACUCACCUACCAGCCCGUGGUGUUCCUGCACGUCCAAGAUAUCACGUUCGGUCAGUAUUUGGCGCUGCUCACCGUGGCUGAUUGUUUCCUCGCCACCAGUCUGCGGGAAGGCAUGAACCUCACUUCACACGAGUUUGUCGUCUGCCAAGAAGUCAGCCACCGCCCUCUAGUGCUGUCUGAAUUCACGGGCACCUACUCUGGCCUUCGUGCUUGCAUAGGCAUCAACCCUUGGAACACCAAGCAGGUGGCACACGCCAUCCAUAAGGCGCUCACCAUGGACGAGUCUGAGAUGGUGCAACGAUGGACGGAUCUGCACCGCGUCGUGGUCACCCAGACGGCGCAGCAGUGGAUCACUUCGCUACUGGGCCACCUGGAACGGGCGCACUUGGAGCAGGAAAGACUCGAAAACAUGUUUGUGCCGCGGCUUGAGGUUGCCCAGCUAGUAUCGGAAUGGCGCGCUGCCCACUCGCGUCUGUUGCUCAUUGACCUCGAAGAAACCUUGGUUACCUACGACCCACUUGCCGCACACGAGCAGGGUGGCUUCUGUCCUCCCGAUUGGCUGUUCGCGCUGCUCAACGAUUUGGCCGCAGACAGCAAGAAUGUCGUCUACAUUCUCAGCGGUAUGGGCACUGACGACUUGGACCGCGUUGCUUCGCGCAUCGACAGCAUCGGCUUUGUUGCAGAGGACGGCUGCUUUGUCAAGCAUGCUGGAGAGAGCCACUGGAAUAGCCUGGUUGCGCCGUUCGACCUUCGACCUGUGCGCGAGAUCCUGUCGUACUUUUCCGAACGCACGCCCAACUCGUACAUUGAGGAGCGGGGUGCUUCCGUGUGUUGGCGGUUCUGGAACGACAAGCUUGGCGACCGCAACUCGCACGAAGCGCAAUGGGCACGAAGGCAGUCAGCUGAGGUGGCCAAUCUGAUUCACGAGCGAUUCUCUCACUCGCUGCGCGUGGUGCCGUGUCGCACCAACUGCCUGAUUCUACCUCGUCACGCGAGCAGAGUGGCGGCAGUGCAGCACAUUAUCAUGCAAAUGAGCAUCGUUGGAUCGAUGUCUGCGCCAGGAGCCCACAGCGGUAGUCAGCAGUCGUCGGCGUCGACGCCAUCGCUUUCGGCGCAGAGGCCUAACGACAUUGCACAGCGUCUGGCAGAUCAGCCUCACCACUCACCGCUGGAGAGCGCGUACAAGCAGCCUUCGAACUACUGGCCGAUGCCUACAGCGCACAGCACGCGUGCAUCGUCGCCCGUCGUGCAGCACCACCCUACGCCCCACUCUUCGAUGCGGUCUCACCACGGAUCCGUCUCAGUCCAUCUUCCACAUCACUAUCAUCAGACUCACACGUUUGACUUUGUGCUUGCGCUCAGCCAGGACGAAAAGCUGUUGGCGUACGUCAACACCUUGGAUUUGUUUGCGCCUGUCACGUGCACCACGGUGGAUCUGGAGAAGAACCGAGGCACCGAAGCGGCCUACUUUUUGGCGCAAUCCGACGUGCAAGAGGCGCUCGAGGAGAUGGUUGGUUUCCGAGCGCGCGACCUCAAGUGGGCCAAUCGUUGA